GUUGAGAUUUCGGCCGCCUCUAUCUCUUGCGCCACCAACAACCUUGUCCUGAACAAAUUAUCGACGAAGACAGCGGCCUUUCAUCUGGAUGAUGCGGACAAGAUUUUUGCACACAUUGACUUCCCUUCCUCCGAGACAGCCCUUAUUAUCGAUCCACCAAGAAAGGGCUGCUCUGACGAGUUCCUGGACCAGAUGGUGGACUUCCGGCCUGCCCGUGUCGUGUACGUGAGCUGUAAUGUGCAGACACAGGCUAGGGAUCUGCAAGGAUUGUUGGAUCGCUGUGCAGCCAAGGGACUCGCUGGAUACAAGGUUGAAGCCAUUCGUGGAUUUGAUCUCUUUCCUCAGACAAGGCACGUUGAGGGCGUUAUGACCCUGACGCGCCUCUGAGCAUAAUUUUUACCACAAUCAAGCAAAAUAAAGAUCCCUACUUUCAACAGCUUUCCUCCAUUCUCUAUAAGCUCCACGAAAACAAACGAUGGCAACCACUACAGCAAACGAUUCUGCCUUUGACUCUACCACCGACCCAGCUAAUCUAAAUGAGGACAACGUCGUGGAGUUGAUGCCAGCCCCCCUGCAACCCCAGGUUCAGGCACAAACCCAUUCACUCGACAUCCCUGGCAAACUACAGCAACAGCAACAGCAACAGCAACAGCAACAGCAACAGCAACAGCAACAGCAACAGCAACAGCAACAGCAACAGCAACAGCAACAGCAACAGCAACAGCAACAGCAACAGCAACAGCAACAGCAACAUCUGCAGCAACAUCAAGAACAGGAUAAUGAUCCGAAUAGCGACAAGAAUGUUAGUCCGCAAGAGCUAACGCUAUAUGUCGAAAAGCUCCUCGAACAAAUCAAUUCCAAGUUCGAUGGAGUAUCAGUGCAGAUAUUUGGCAAGAUGGACGAAAUGUCAUCGAGGAUUGAGGAGCUUGAAAAAUCUAUCGGCGAGUUGGUCCAGAGCGCAGAGGAUGACUCCAAGACACCACCGAUCUCUAAAACCUCACAGGCGGGCGGCCAGGACUAAUAGAAGUAAUAGCUUGCAAUAAAACACAUCAUUUAACAUACGU